GAACGAGAUCAAAGUAUCCACAGCAACUACGACGCCAUAUUCCGACAAAAUGACAGGAGAAACAGAAGGAGACAAAGUUAUGAUGCCCCCUCCACACAUUUAUGUGGAGAGGACAUUAGCUAUAAUAAAGCCUGACGCAUUACAAAAAGCGGAAGAGAUCGAAGAUAUCAUUUUGCGAUCAGGAUUCGCUAUUUUACAGAAAAGAAGAGUUCAUUUAACACCAGAACAAGCCAGUGAUUUCUAUGCGGAACACUAUGGAAAGUUGUUUUUCCCCAGUCUGGUGGCCUACAUGAGUCAUGGCCCUAUCAUAGCUUUGGUGAUUUCAAGAGAUAAUGCAAUCUCCUACUGGAAGGAACUGAUAGGCCCAAACAAUACAUUAAAGGCUCGACAGACACAUCCUGAUUGCUUGAGAUCAAUAUAUGGUACAGAUGAUCAGAGAAAUGCCCUCCAUGGAAGUGAAAGCUUCACCAGUUCUGAAAGAGAAACCAGAUUCUUCUUCCCUGAUAGCAUUGUUGAACCUGUACCUAUUGGACAGGCAGCGAAAGAUUACCUAGCCAAGUCUGUCAACCCUACCCUUCUCAAGGGACUCACAGAACUCUGUAAACAGAAGCCCAUCGACCCAGUGAUCUGGCUUGCUGACUGGCUCCUAGAAAACAACCCCAACAAACCUUGUGUAAAUCAGCCAUUAGUCCAGGUAGCAUAGGCGAGGUCAACAAAUCAUUCUUCGUGUUCAUUUCAUUCACUUGUGGGAAAAACUCUAACAAACUCCAAAUGAAAUCUCAUGGAAUUUUAAGACUUUUGCUGACAUUGAAAGUGCCUGAAGAGUGCAUCAAACUGUAUAAAGAGGAUUCAAAAGUGUUGACACAUGGAAAAGCUGGUAUUAUUCCAUCACGUUUAACAAUAUUUUCUCCCUAUCUGUGAUUCUGCAUUAGGUGAUGCACACUUUACAAUAGAGGUUCAGUACCAAACUUUUGAGACUUACACAUAUGUACGUAAAUUUGUAUAUAAGAAAAACAAGAUAUGAAUUAAAAUAUUGUAAAUACAUCUGUACAUCAGAUCGUCAUUA